CGAGCAGAAUGGGUCGUGUGCACGGAAUGGAAGCAAGAUGCAGCGCUGCGUAGAUUGCAGUGUAGAUACGAAGACGAAGUCCCAACAAAUCCGAGAAAAGAAAAGGGUCACGGUCAUGCAGCGGCCUCCACCCCUGCGCUCGCCUUUUUCGACUUCCUCUCCUUCUUUCCCUUUCCGUCCUUCUUCGUAGCCUCUGUUGUCUCCGCGGUGACUGCGGGAGGAUCGAGCUCCAUGGUCAUGUCCUCUGCUGCCGCCUCUGCGUCGACCUUCUUCUGCUUUUUGGACUUCUUCUGCUUGCUCUUCGUCUCCCCCUCCGCUGGCUGUACCCCCGCAUCGCUAGUCUCGUCCCGUUUCCGCUUCUUUCCCUCCGACGCCUCUGUCGCAACCGCUUCGGCCACCUCAUCCGCAGUCCCCUUGCCUUUCUUAUCCUUUCUCUUCUUGUUUCCCUCUUUCGCCUCCACCCCAUUUGCUGCCUCCGACUCCGUCGUGCCCUCUACCUCUUUCCCCUUCUUGCUCUUCUUCGCCUUCUUCGCUUCGCUGUCCUUCGUCGCUCCCGCCCCGUCUGCCUGCAUCUCACCCUCAUCCUGCUUCGACUUUUUGUCUUUCUUCUUUUUCUUCAACUCGGAGGACGCCUCCGCCAACUCUUGCGCAGACGAGGUUGACGCCUCAGCAGCUGUCGGGGCCUCGAGCUCGGACGCCUUCUUUUUCUCCUUCUUUCCCUUCUUGGAGCUCUGCUUAGCGUCGGCGGUCUCCUCGCCUGAGGGGCCAGCGUGCUCAGCAGAUCUGCGCACGAGCGACUCACCUCUACCGCCUCUGCCCUCCGCUUCUUAUCCUUUCCACCAUCCUUCGUCUCGACGCUGCCGUUCGCGCUGCCAUCAGCCUUCGGAGCAGGUGACGAAGCGGGAACUGGAGUGGUGAUGGGCGACAUCCGCACGGGCGUGCCCAAAGGAGUGCCGUUAGCACCAGUUGCCUUAUAACUCUGGUAGUCCCAGGAGUUGCCGUUACGUCCCCGUGUCUGAUACGUACCCUGGAAAUUUGAGUAUCCGUUAGUGUUCCCCCUUGGACCACCCCUUUGCUGCUGCUGGGGAGUCAGAUUAGAGAGACAUCGGACUGCAGG